AUGGCAUGCUGUAGAUUUUCGCUGCACGGYCUGGCUUUCAUUUUUCUUGCCGUCCUCCCCGUCAAUGGAGACGUGAGCUACUCUGUUCCGGAAGAGAUGAAACGUGGAUCUGUAAUCGGAAAUAUUGCAAAGGAUCUGGGGCUUGAUUUGGGCAGACUGUCCGCUCGCAAAGCCCGGAUUGAUACCGAGGAUAACGGUGUAAAGUACUGCAGUGUAAAUCUAAAUACCGGAGACUUGGUCGUACAGGAAAGGAUCGACAGAGAAGGGCUUUGUGCGAAAAAGGCAUCGUGUGUUCUGAAACAGGAACUUGUGCUGGAAAAUCCAUUAGAGCUGCAUCGUAUUAGUAUCCGUGUCCAGGAUAUUAACGACAAUUCACCGCAGUUUAAGGAGGAUUCACUGAAGUUUGAAAUUAGGGAGUCGGCUGAUAAAGGCUCUCGUUUUUUGCUGGAUGAGGCGCACGAUGGAGACAUCGGAGAAAAUGCUGUUCAGGGGUACUCUCUUCAGCAGAAUGAUCAUUUUAAAUUAAACGUAAACUCAAAGGGCAGCGGGAGAAAAUAUGGCGAGUUAGUCCUGGACAAAGAAUUAGACAGAGAGGACAACAAAGAGAUUGUUCUGUUGCUUACUGCAUUUGAUGGUGGCUCUCCUCGGAGAUCAGGUACCGUAGUUAUACACGUCACUGUGCUGGAUGCUAAUGAUAACGCCCCAGUGUUUAGUCAGGCCGUUUAUAAAGCCAGUCUGCCUGAAAACUCUCCUCUGGAUACUCUGGUGAUAACUGUGAGUGCAACUGAUGCAGACGAAGGAGUGAACGGAGAAGUAAUUUACAGCUUCGAUCAUGUUUCAGAUGAAAACCAAGUUUUCUUACUGAACUCUAAAACUGGAGAAGUUACAGUGGCUGGAGCGAUUGAUUUUGAAAAAGAGUCGUCAUAUGAAAUGCAGAUCAGCGCCAAAGAUGGUUUGGGAUUGGCGUCAUAUGCAACGUUAAUUAUUGAAGUUACAGAUAUAAAUGACAACGCCCCAGUUAUAUCCCUGAAAUCACUGACCAAUCCCAUACCCGAGAACGUGUCACCUGGUUCAGAGGUGGGCAUCAUUAACGUGCAGGACAGAGACUCUGAG